AUGGUCGGCCAGCCUGCACAUUCGCCUUGUGCAUUGGAGGUUGUUUGCUCAAGGACGACCUGUGGCGACGAGCUUUUCCUGUGCGGUGGGCACGAGAUUCUCGGCGCUUGGGAGGUCGGACGAGCCCUGAAGCUUUACACAGAGAAGGAGUCCUUUCCAGUCUGGAAGCUGCAGCUCCCUGCCACUCCCACUCUCGCAGGGGAAUUUAAGCUUCUAGUGAAACGACGCAAUGGCAACAUCGAGUGGGAGGGAGGCCAGAACCGUUUCUGGCCCUCACCUCUGCCCUCCGGACCCGGCGGACGGAUUCAUCUCCGCUUUGGGGAGCCGGGCUUGGACGUGCAUGCCACUGAGAUGCCCAAAGGCUACGAUUUCGACGACACUUCCACUUCGCUCCCUUCGGGCUCGCCUUGGUCGUCGCCUUCGUCGGAAAGCCGCCCGAUGCUUCCAUUAAAGCGGCAGCGUACGAAGAGUGACUGCGUCAGAUCACGGCUCAUCCAUGCUACUUCACUAGCGGACAUCACCCAGAAGGCCUGCAUAUGCGACCGCUACGAACUUGAGGAUGCCACUCUCGGCGAGGGUGCCUUCGGCACGGUGCGCAAGGCUCGAGAUCGAUCCCUUGGCACCAUGCGGGCCGUGAAGCGCAUCGACAAGGCAAAGUCCUUCGCUUUGGACGACGUUCGCAAGGAGAUCGAGAUGCUUCGUGAGAUGGAUCAUCCCAGCAUUGUGAGGCUUUAUGCCGCAUACGAGGACAACGUGAGCAUUUACCUUGUGAUGGAGCUCUGCGAGGGUGGAGAGCUCUUCGACCGCUUGAUCGAGGAAAGUCAUCUUACAGAGCCGGCAGUCCAGACCAUCAUGCGACAGGUCUUUGGUGCGGUAGCGCAUUGUCAUGACAAGCACAUAGUUCAUCGGGACUUGAAGCCAGAGAACUUUAUCUUGCAGAAGCGCGAUGCCCCUGUAGACAAAAAUCCUCUGAAACUGAUCGAUUUCGGACUGGCCGAGUAUUGUGAACCGGGAGACUUGAUGCACACAGCCUUCGGAACCGUCCUCUAUGUUGCACCCGAAGUCUUGCAAAAUCAAUACGACCGUGCUUGUGACAUCUGGAGCUGCGGCGUUAUGAUGUACUGCCUGCUGAGUGGAUCGCCACCGUUCCAUGGUUCCUCAGAUGCUGAAAUCAUGCACAGGGUAAUGAGGGGCAAAUUCUCGAUGAGGGGCACUCGCUGGUCUCCAGUGUCAGACAUGGCGAAGAAUCUCAUUGAGCAGUGUCUGAACAAGGAUCGGCAGAAAAGAAUCACCGCCACAGAUGCACUGAAUCACAUCUGGUUCCAGCGCCCGGCAGAAGCGCCUGGGAUGCCACUACAUCCAGACCUGCUGGCAAAUUUGAAAGCCUUUAGUACAGAGAACCGCUUCAAAAAGGCAGCCUUGACUGCGGCGGCCUAUCAACUUACCGAUGAGGAGCAGGAAGAAAUCCGCCAAACUUUCCAGAGGUUGGACAGCGACUGCGACGGGUUUGUGACACUUGAGGAUUUAAAGACGUGUUUUCAAGAAAGUGUCGAUCUCAGCCCGUUGCUGAACGUGGCAGAGGUCAUGGACAAUCUGGAUCAUAACCAAGACGGCCGACUGGAGUACACCGAGUUCAUCGCUGCAGCAAUGGAUCAGCGCCUUCAUAGGAACGAACAGCUGUGUUGGCGAGCUUUCAAAGCUUUCGACAGGGAUGGCGACAAUCGAAUCACGUAUCCCGAUUUGCAACACGUGCUGCAAGAUCCAGAUCUCCUACACGAAGUUCCGAACUGUCGGAGUGCGUGGCAGUACUUCCAAAAGAUGGACGUGGAUGGUGACGGCGAAGUAACCUUCGACGACUUCAUGCGGAUUACAGCUCCGAUAGCACAGCAUCCACAGAUGCUGCUUCCGAUCUUCCCAGUUUCCGACUUCGUGUCGCCUGGAAGGCUCGCGGUGGAUAUAGAGAUCAGCAACAGCUGUGCCAAAUCCGCACGCUUCCUCAAUUUUGCAUCGAACUGCAAGGAAUUCGUCUGCACAGAUGGAGCUUACCUUGGGAGAGCUCCUGCGGCUUUCGGCGAACGUUGCUAUGGCAUCAGGGAUCCGAAGGCGCCGCCGAAGCAUCUGACCUGGCGGGGCAGCUACGGUGGAACCAUCGAGCUGGAUGUCAACGGAUGCCUUGAGAAGGUGCAGAUUGAUGCGCUGCGAGGGCCGGUGAUUUUCCAGGCAGAUGGCACAACAACAUUUCUGGAGGAAACGAGCACUGUUUCCUGGCAGAGAAUCAACACAGCGGAUCAGAAGUUGCUGGCCCACAGAGCUGCCAGGAUCAACGUAACCAUGAAGGACCGUGUCGAGGAGCUCAAGGCGAUCGAAGCUGCGAAUGCUCUGUCUUCUGAGGAGCGAAUCCGUCUACGCUGUCACAAAGAGGUGGCGAGGCCGGUCAUUACUUGGCAGAGGAUCGGACACGAGCAGGUUCAACAGAACCACGAAAAGAAGUGCAAGGGCAUGACCUAUCACCUGGAGUUCCCCUGGUCAGAGGAGACACUCGAGAAGAUGGGCCCCCAAUGGCUCACCAAGGCGUUUCAUGCGGCUGGAACUCUCGACGAAAACAAUGCCGUGACGGAGCUGCUUCUUGAGAAGAAAGUCAAGGUCACAGCAGGAAACAAUGCCGGGAAGUUCCUCUUCGAGGUCAGGUAUAAGUGGCAGACACCGGACCUCCACACCAAGCUGUUUGCAAAGAUUCCGUUUCCACUGUCUGGCGCAACAAGCAGUGAUCGCUUGAGCAGUUCUGUGAACAAGCAGCCCAUGGACUUCUUCGAGAUCAAUGCCUAUCGUCUGUUAGAAGCUUCCAUGCCUGUGAAGACUCCCAAGUUCUACUUUGGAGAUAUCAGCAAUGAGUCCUCAAACUUUAUUCUCAUCACGGAGCGUGUGCCUUUCGCUGGUAUGCCGCCCUUGCAACGAUUCCAGAUUGAGGGUCCUUACGUCAAGUGCAAAGACCAUGAGAUGGGAGGAACUGACAAAGAGCAUUACUGCCUCCUGAUGAACGUGCAUGCCCGCAUUGCUGCAGCACAUAAAACGGGCAAGAUGGGCACCGAGGAAUUUUUGAGACAAAAUCUCAUGUACCAAGAUGCUUCUUUUUACUCUGCGCAGCCUGAGAAGGCCUCUGGAUUCCCAGUGCAAGCAGUUGCCGGUCAACUUCGGGUUGCCAUCAAGUUCUUCUCAGAGACGGCGAAGCUCCUUUAUCCGGACUACGUAACAACGCAGGCAUUUCAAGAGAAGUUCUUCAAUACCAUGAUGACGUCAAACGCAUACUCACAGGAGCUGACGCGCUGGAAGCUCAAGGAUGCGGACUUCGUGGCGCUGGGACAUCAGAACUUGAACAUUGACAAUGCAUACUUCUGGCGAGACGAUGACGACCGCCUCGACUGUGGCAUUUUCGACCUCGGAGGCUUCGGCGCCAGCCCCCUGCACCACCGCAUCUGGUGGGGACUCAACUGUGCUGAAUUUGAUCUGGUGGCCGAAUACUUGGAGGAGUAUUUGCAGCUCUUCAUCGACACGUACCAUUCUGCUGGUGGGCCACUCCUAGAUAAAGGGACGCUCAGAACAGGUGUGGUUCUCACGGCGCUCGAAAACAUGCAGUACAUGGUGGCUUCCAUACCCAACUGCAUGAAGAUGUGCAGCGCCAAAGAGUGGGCAACGAUCCAGGAUCCUAAGGAUCGCAGGAUAAACGAUGACAUCGGUGGGAAGAGUACCUUGAGGACUACCCUGAAGGUCCUGCUGAACGGCCUCCGAGUUCUUGAAGAGAUGAAGGCGGAUGAAGUACUGCAAGACUGGAUUGAUCAGGUUUAUGUCAAAGCACUUGGCCACACGCCCAAGACAACAUCGAUGAUCUUUGACAACGAAGCUUUCAAGGCAGCGUGA